AUGGCUCCUUCAAACUCCACCUUCAUGUCCUUCGAGUCCGCUCACGGCUCCCAGAACCAUGAAGACAACAGUGUAGCUGAGUUCAAUCCUCCUCGAGUACCGCUGUUUAUACCCUCCGAUCCUUGGGUUCCUUGUGGUCAAGUAUCCGCCGGCUAUGGGAACUAUGCUCCUCUUCGAUACGUGAGCGGGUCGGAGCCUGUUUCUUUACUACCGGGUAUUCAACUAUACGAACACGAUUGCUCUCCGUCUUUCAUAACCCCUUCGGAUCCAGCUGCCCAGCAAUCAACACCGGGAGAUCAACAUGACGGCCUCGAGAGCCCGGAACUUAGCGCCACAGCGCCAUCGUUCGUGCCUGUCAAGUCCUCGAAGCUCAAUGCUAGAGCGCCAAGCUUCUUCCUGAGUCGUCUAGCUAUUUUUGACCCUCCGGCUGGUGAUCUUGCAGAGCGUCCUCGUAAGGACAACUUGAUCCUUCCCGAUGCGCGUGACGACAACAUCACCGAUUCGAUCGAGAUGAUGAAGUGUCCGCAGGAUGGACAGGUCGGCCGUUAUACAAGCGAAACCAUCAUCAAUUUCAACAAAGGCUGGCACUACAACGAUCCUGUACUCGCUGCCAUGUACUAUAUCCUCAACGCCAAGAAGAAGAAAGAUUUCUCUGUAUUUGCGGUGAAGCAUGAGAUUCGACCUGUCGACGACGCGCCUCCGCUGUGGCCACCUCACUUGAACCUCUUCGACAUCAAACGUUACUACUUCAAAUCGAAGACGCGACGUGGCCGGAAACUCCGGAGGUGCGACAAGGUAUACUCAAAGUGGGUUACUAUUCUACCCAAAGGCUCACCACCAACUGCCGAGACUGUCCACAUCUUCGAACCGGACGAGGAGAAGUGGGUAGUUUUUGGAGACUGGCUUGAGACGGUUUCCAAUACUUCGCCAGGCUGGGUCGGCAGAACUGGCUAUAGCCUUCAGUUCAACUGGUGGAAAUACUCGGGCAGCAAGCGUCGUUUCGUGGAUCUUCCUGGCGAAAUUCGAACGCCGAUCUAUCAGUACGCUCUCGGAGGCGAGCUGUAUCCAUUGAGUAUCCGAGAUUCCGAAAGCAGCAGAGAAGUCACAACGGCCUGCCAGACUGCUCGUCUUACUCUCGGCAUGGGUUACAAUAUGUGGAUCUUCCACGACAACAUAUUAAGAAUGCAGAUGAACAAGGAACAUGUACCAGAGGCCCGACCCUUUGUAUAUGAGCCGGCUUUGGAGCUUUUGCUUGUUAGCUCGUGGAUGCGGGAAGAAGUGCUGCAUACUGGCUGGGAACUUAUGCACAGCUGUUUCUUCGACUCAGGAAUCUUCCACAAAGCUAUUAAUGCUCGACCUGGACCAGCAGUGAACUACGAAUAUUUGAGUAAAGUAGAACUGGCCUUCACGAACGCUGACUGGUUCGACCUCUUGGGUGUAAGGGUUUCGAGGCGCGAACCCUACAUAUUCGUAGAAGCUUCCCAUUCUCUCGGGUCCUCUCUCAAUGAUCUCCGCAACCUCAGGGACCUACGACUUCGUUUUCGAGGACUCGACGAUGGGUACGAAGGCAGUCCUUGGGGAAUUAUGUUAGCUCCUGAGGAUGAUCGAAAAUACCUACACGUCUGUUGUCAACGGACUGUUGUCGACUGGAUCUGUACUUUCGCUUACCCUUCCCUAAUCGACAAAUGUAAGCAAGGGAAAGUAAAGGUCACUCUGACUGGUUGCGUAAAUACCGACACGCAGACGAAGUGGGAGGAGAUCUUCGCAGGAAAGCGUGAUCACGACCAAGAUGCUGCAAUUACAUCAAUUCUUGGCACUCCAUCGACAGAACUGUGGGUUCCAAGUGUCAAACUUGAGAGUUAA